AUGAAGCAACACUAUCUUAUCGCCUGUGUUCUUCCUUUUUUAUUUCCUUACUCUGUUGUUCUCUGCGAGAAAAGCACAGAACAGUAUUUACAAGAAGGAAACAGCUAUUUGAUAAGUGGACAAUAUAACGACGCACUGAUCAGCUUUGACGCUGCCAUUCGACAAGAACCCGACAAUUACCUUUCGUACUUUAAACGAGCAACAACGUACUUGUCUCUUGGCAGAAAUAAUGCGGCUGCCGAAGAUUUUACAACAAUCUUGAACUUGAAGCCUGGGUAUGAUAAAGCGCUGCUUCAACGAGCUCGUAUCUAUGUGAAGCAAGGUCAAUAUGAUUUAGCCAAAGCAGAUCUGGAAAGGUACUUGUCUUCUCACAAGGAUAAUAAAGAGGCUUUAAACAUGCUUCAAGAUGUAAAAGUGGCCAAGAAUGCUAUAAAGCAAGCUGAAAAGGAUCAUGAGGCAAGCCGCUAUGACUCUUGCAUUCAGCAAUCAAGCACUGUGUGCCGUCUAUCACCGUACUCUGUAAAGGCUAGAUUGUUAAAGGCAAAAUGCCAUCUUGGCAAGAAUGAGAUAGAUGAUGCAGCAGGCGACUUUGUUCGUGUGGCACAGUUGAACCCUUCGGACCCUGAUAUAUUACUGCAAUUAUCCAAGAUCAAAUUUUAUGCACUAGAUGAGCCCGAAAGUGCUCUGAAGCAUGUCAAACAAUGCUUACAUUAUGAUCCUGAACAAAAACAAUGCAAAAAGUUGUUUAAAAAGAUGAAAAAGAUCAAUAAGGAAAUAGAGACAAUAGAAAAAGAUAUUGAACUUAAAAAGUAUGUGACAGCAGCCAAUCAUCUGAUCGGCACAUCCAAUCGACAGGGAAUCUUGAAAGAAAUCGAGCAAGAUUAUAGCGAGUUGCAAACAGAGCUGAAGAGUAAACAGAUGCCAAAUAAGCUCAAAUUCAAAUGCUACAAGAUGGCCUGUAGAUUGAAUUCUAAACAAAAGGAAAAAAACGAAGACAAAAUAGAUGAGUGGUGCUCGUUGGCCCUCUCUAUUCAGAAUGAUGACCCACUAGUGCUGAUGUACCGCGGCGAGAAUUACCUAAGACGUAAAGAGUUUGAAAAGGCUGUACAUGACUUAGAGAAGGCUAAUAAGGCGGCCUCAGAGGAUGAAAGCAUUGGAAGACAACAUCAGCACCGCAUAAGGCAAUUAUUACAGCAAGCCAUGCAAAAAUUGAAGCUAUCUAAAAAGAAAGAUUAUUACAAGAUUUUGGACGUACCACCAACGGCGGAUGCUCGUGAAAUCAAGAAAGCUUAUCGUAAGAAAGCACUGGAAUGGCACCCCGACAAGUACACAGGUGACCAAAAAGAGGAAGCCCAGAAUAAGAUGGCAGAGAUCAAUCAGGCUUAUGAAGUACUUAGCAAUGACGACAAGAGACAACAGUACGACAACGGAUUCGAUCCUUUUGAUCCUGAACAAGGGCAAAACGGUGGACCGUCUCAUGGUGGCUUUCCAUUCGAACACUUCCAAGGCGGAUUUAGCUUUCAGAAUGGAUUUCCAUUUGGAGGAGGAUUUCCUGGCGGAGCCCAUUCCUUUAAAAUGCGCUUUCAAUAA